GAGGAGGAGGAAGGCGCUGGCGGGCAGUGAUGGCGGCGGGUGAUGGGGACGUGAAGCUAGGCACCCUGGGGAGUGGCAGCGAGAGCAGCAGCGACGGCAGCAGCGAGAGCCCAGGCGGCGCGGGAGCAGCAGCGGAAGGGGGCGGCUGGGCGGCGGCGGUGCUGGCGCUUCUGACGGGGGGCGGGGAGAUGCUGCUGAACGUGGCGCUGGUGGCGCUGGUGCUGCUGGGGGCCUACCGGCUGUGGGUGCGCUGGGGGCGGCGGGGUCUGGGAUCCGGGGCCGGGGCGGGCGAGGAGAGCCCCGCCGCCUCUCUGCCUCGCAUGAAGAAGCGGGACUUCAGCUUGGAGCAGCUGCGCCAAUACGACGGGUCCCGCACCCCGCGCAUCCUGCUCGCGGUCAAUGGGAAAGUCUUCGACGUGACCAAAGGCAGCAAGUUCUACGGCCCUGCGGGACCAUAUGGAAUAUUUGCUGGUAGAGAUGCCUCCAGAGGACUGGCAACAUUUUGUCUAGAUAAAGAUGCACUUAGAGAUGAAUAUGAUGAUCUCUCAGAUUUGAAUGCAGUACAAAUGGAGAGUGUUCGAGAAUGGGAAAUGCAGUUUAAAGAAAAAUACGAUUAUGUGGGCAGACUCCUAAAACCAGGAGAAGAACCAUCAGAAUACACAGAUGAAGAAGAUACCAAGGAUCACAAUAAACAGGAUUGAACUUUGUAAACAACCACAGUCAGGGGCCUUCAGAACUGCAGUUCUUCCUCCCUCUCACAGAAUGUCCUGCGUCUUUGGGUUUGAUUCACCUCCUGCAAAAACAUUCAACAGGUGGUGUACAAGAUCAAUUUGAGUCUCACUAUGAAGAUUUGAAUACUAGACAUUAUUUAUGCUGCCAAACCCAUUUGUUGCGGUUGUUUGUAAUGUCUGAUGGGGCUUCCUCAUCCUGAAAAGAGACAGGGAUUUUUUUAAACAGCAAGAAAGUCACAAAAUAUUUUUUCCCUUUUUUCUUUUCUUUUUUUUUUUAAGUUUUCAAAUAUCAAAGACAACCAGAUAUGUAUUUACUACUCAAGUGUACAAAUCUCCUCAAAACCCAAGGGACUCCUGUUUCAUGUGCUGUGUUUCUUUUAGCAUUGAGGAGGGAAGAGACUGUGGCAAGGGAAGGUAGGGGUUGCACAUCAAUUUGAGUACUUUAGGCUACUGAGAAAUUGAAAUAUGAAUUCCCAAACAUUUCUGUUUGGGCUUUGUCAGGGGAGGAAAGAAAAAGAAAUGCUUCUAAGAAAUCUUUGUAAAUUAGGAGGUGAGAUUUCAAGUGGGUUUAAGUCAGUUAAUUCUCCAACAGUGAGAUCAUUUGAAACCUGUUUAUCCCAUCCCUUCCCCUAGGUCAAAUCAAUAUUAAUUGUGCCUUAUUUCACUUACAUAGACUUGAAUUAUUUUUAGGGAAAGCCCCUAUAUGAAUACAGAAGUCACUACAAGCAGCAUUGAGACCGAAGUUAGAAUAUUCUGUCGAUCGCAAAACCUUGAUAUCAUUCUGUGUGUAAAGAAUGUAAAAGGAAUAUUCAGUGUUAACUGCCAUAUAUGUUAAUAUACACAAACUUAGUUAGCAUUGUAAUGGCCAAAUGCAUUCCCCAUGCUUUUCUCUUUUCAAAAAAAUUGAAAAACCAAUCAACUCUUAUCCCCCAACAGCUGCCUAAUUUUAGGAGUCUGAUCCUCACAUCUCACUGGUGUGGGUGCAUGGGGCUGUGGUGUGGAUGUCUGUGUGGCUGUGGCUGGAUGUGUGGGAGAGCACCUUGGAAGGGACUCUCUGCAGAUAUUGUAAAUACAAGAACCAUUUUAAUAAAGCAUGUACAAUAAACCAAAAUAAGCUUGAGUUGGAUUUUAUAUACAAAACUGCCAGUGCAUUAUGGUGUAGUAGUAAGAUUGUGUAUCUGAUCAGGACAGGGAGAAAUCUUGAAAUGAGAAGCAGGCACUGGUUAACCAAGUUGUACACAUUGUACCAUUUUCAGUGUAACUUGAGGAUGAAAUUCCACUUUUGUGGAACAUUCUCAAGAGAUCUGAGAUUAUUCAGGUAAGAAUUGAUAUAUUAAAGUGUACAUAUUUUUAUUUUAUAUUUUGAUGCCAAGUGAUUAUGCUAGAAGUGAUAGCACUCUAGACAGUAGUUACUGGACACAAAACACUAAAGGAUUUCCUACUGAUAGGUAGUAAAGUCUUCCAUUAUUAGGUUGAAGGGCCCCUUACCAAAAGCCCUAUGUCAGUUUAAUUUCAUCAUGACCAUUUAGAUUCUUGAUUAAGAGCAAUUUGCAACAAAAGACAAAUUUACUUCACAGAUUAUCAAUUAAAGCAAAGACCUGUUUAAUAUAUGCAGAAGCCAUAGAAGAAAGGGAAACUGAACUGCAGUGAUCUACAGUAUGUAAGAUAAGUUCUAUUCAGUCGUGGGUGUUUUGUUGAAAAUUAUGAUCUUCAGGCAAACCUCUGCUGAAGUUUUGUUGUGAAGAUGAAGAGUAUUCAUAAAUGCUUUGUGUGUUUUUAUGUAAAAUAUUUUCUAAACAGAUUGUUAUAAAGUACAUGUCCUCUGUAGUAAACGAAUAUAUAUGAAUCAUUCGAGCCUAAAGUUCAAGAAUAAAUCUGCACUUGUGAAUAGAGAAACCCUAAAUACCCAUGCAGUAAAAAUAAUGUGUUCUGUUAAGAAAAAUGAGUAAUUUUGUGUUUUGGACUUGAAAUAAACAGUGUUCUGUAGAUAA